AUGACGGGGAAACAGGGCGCCGUGCUGUCGGAAAGUUUAAAUCUGUCGGAGAAAACCUCUCUGGGUGCGAACGGAGGGAGUAACAGCCACCAGCCGAAGAGCAGCGCGACCCAUCCGCCGCCCAGGUGCACCGGCUUCGGCAUCCAGGAGAUACUGGGGCUGAACAAGGAGCCGUCCGCGGCCCCGAGGAGCCCGGGCUCGCUGCCGGCCGGGGCGCACCUGAUCGCCGCCAGGUCCUUGCUGGGCCCCGUCGGCGUGGGCGUGGGUGUCGGGAUGGGAUUAAUCGGCCCUGGUGGAAUUCCGUCGUUUUACGGCCAGCCAGCGUUUUUGGAGACGGUGCUGUCGGAGGCACAAGAUGUUCACCUGCAGCCCCACAGCAGGUCCAUAGGGCCGCUGGACACCAGCCAGUCCGCCAGCUCAGACUCGGAGGAUUUAUCUUCCAACGAACGAAAACUCUCAAAGUCAUCAAUAAAUCAGAGCAAGAAACGCAAGAAAAGACGCCACCGGACCAUAUUCACGUCGUACCAGCUGGAGGAGCUGGAGAAGGCCUUCAACGAGGCGCACUACCCGGAUGUUUACGCCCGAGAGAUGCUGGCCAUGAAAACAGAGCUACCUGAAGACAGGAUACAGGUGUGGUUUCAGAACCGCAGAGCCAAGUGGAGGAAGAGGGAGAAAUGCUGGGGCCGUAGCACCGUGAUGGCAGAGUACGGGCUGUAUGGAGCCAUGGUGAGGCAUUCCAUCCCCCUGCCAGAGUCCAUCCUCAAGUCCGCCAAGGAUGGCAUCAUGGAGUCCUGCGCCCCCUGGUUGCUCGUCCAAGAUGGCUUACCAAUCAACAGACGCUAUUCUAAAUCUGAAUACCCGCGACUCUUUGCAGGGAUGCACAAAAAGUCCACCGAGGCAGCAGGGCCCCCGCCCACGGGAAAGUGCGACGCGCCCCAGCAGCCGAGCUCUCAGAGGGCGGAGGAGGCUGAGGCGGAGGAGAAGAGGUCGGAAGGCAAGUCCACCAUUUCUAAAGAGGAACUGAGGGAGAACAGCAUUGCCGCGCUCAGGGCCAAAGCACAGGAGCACAGUGCCAAAGUGCUGGGGACGGUUUCUCACGACAGACUGCCGGAGGCCACGCCGGAGAGACAGGCGGCCGAGGAGAACGCCAGGGACCGCCUGAGUCCAGCAGAGGAGGAGAAAAGUCCAUAG